UGGGCGGAGCUCCACACUGGGUUCCCCCAGGAGCCCCAGCAGUUAUUGCAAUAGUAGCUGAGAAGAAGGAAAAAUUCUGGUCCGGCUGCAGAUCUGGAAGGAGAGGAGUCUAAUCAAGUCACACUGCACCCAAAGCACCUUUUAAAGCGGCUACCUGGACGCAGAUCCCAUGGACAGAAGCCAUGCAGGAGCAACAUGAGAAUUCCUCUGGGUUCUCAAUCCAGGCUCAAAGAGGUGAUGAGGGACAAGAUUUCCCCACAGACCUUUCCAAGGAAUCAGAUCAUUCUGAGGAACUGGAUCAUCUGCGAGAUGAUGAGAGCGCUUCCAGAUAUUGCGCAAAGGAAGCCAUCUUUAAUUUUCACCAGAGGCCAGAGAUGUUCUAUGAAAGCCAAUCAUUAGAGGAGGUGGGAAAUUCUACUCCUUGCUGGGGAGGCUUGGACAACUGCAACGAAUCUGCCGGCCAACACAUAAUCCCCACAACAGAGACUCGAGUAAAACGGAUCAAGAACAGUAAAAGCCUCAACUGGAGGUCAGACUUUAUGAUCAGCCGGAGACUCCCUAAGAAACAGGAUAAGCCCUACAAAUGCUCUGAGUGUGGGAAAAGCUUCAGCGUGAGCUCAGACAUUAUCCGGCAUCAGAGAAUCCAUACCGGAGAGAAGCCUUACAAAUGCCUGACAUGCGGGAAAGGGUUCAACCAAAAUUCUCACCUUGUUGCGCAUCAGAGGACCCACACAGGGGAGAAGCCCUAUAAAUGCUGGGAGUGUGGGAAAAGCUUCAGUCUGACUUCAGAUUUUACCAGACAUCAGAGAAUCCACACAGGGGCAAGACCAUAUAAGUGCUCAGAGUGUGGGAAAGGUUUCAUUCAGAAAUCACAUUACAUUACACAUACAAGGAACCAUACUGGGGAAAAUCCAUAUAAGUGUCCUGAGUGUGGUAGAGGGUUCACUUCUAGCACCCUUCUCAUCCGGCACCAGAGAAUCCACACAGGGGAGAAGCCAUUCAAAUGCUCCUAUUGCGAUAAAAGGUUCUGUGCCAGCUCGAACCUUGUCACCCACAUGAGAACGCAUACUGGUGAAAAGCCAUUCAAGUGCUUGGAAUGUGGGAAGAGUUUCAGUCAGAAAUCUACCCUGAUUGCGCAUGAGAGAACACACACAGGCGAGAAGCCCUACAAAUGUUGGUGCAGCAAAAUGUUCUGCAAGAGCUCGGACCUCCUCGCCCAUGAGAGAACCCACACAGGUGAGAAACCCUACAUUUGCCCAAGCUGUGGCAAAAACUUCCGGAUGAGUUCUCACCUGAUAAGACACCAGCGAAUUCACACAGGGGAGAAACCAUAUAAAUGUUCGGAGUGUGGGCGGAGCUUCAGUGCUAGUUCCCACCUUAUCAGACACCAGAAGAUCCACUUAGGGGAAAACUGAAGAACGGCAUUGUGGCUGCAAAAAUCCCACAGCUGACAUGAGAGGGGGUAUAAGUUUGUACACUCCCUUGGACACUAGUUCCAUCAGAACUAGUGGGACUUCUAAUAAAUGUGUUUUGGACAGCUUUCUCCUGCAAUAUGGGGCCAGCCUCCGUUAUUGGGACUCUCAAACAAAAGUACUCACCCAAGGACAAAAGGUUAGGAUUUUGCCCUCCUCUGUAUAGUACUUACCAGCCUACCACCUGUACCUCGUGGCUUCUUCAUCAUUAAAUGGGGAUGGCCGUACUCUAA